AUGACAUCUUCGGAAGCGCACGCCAAUGAUCCUAUGUGCAGGAUGUUGCUUGAACACACAUACGAAGCGAUUAUUGAUGCCGGUGUAAAUCUUAAAGAAUUAAGAGGAACAAAAACCGGUGUCUUCAUAGGAUCAUGUUCGACUGAGAUAAAAAAUAUAAUUAUCUAUUACAGGCCUCAAGCAGAUGGAUACCCAAUUGUUGGACGUAGUAAAUACUGGUUAGCCAACAGCAUUUCUAACUGGUUUGGCCUUAAUGGACCAUCUUAUGCCUUGGAUACGGCUUGCAGUUCAACCCACCACGCCAUGGCGGAAGCUUACAGAAUGAUACGAAGUGGAAAAUGCGACGCGGCUAUCGUGGGGGGCACCAACAUGUGUCUGCAUCCCAACAUUUCGCUUCAAUUUUUUCAACUCGAUGUUCUCUCCAGUGAUGGUUAUUGCAAGCCAUUUGAUGAUUCUGAUACUGGUUAUAUGCGCAGUGAAGUUAUAGCGAUAUUGUACCUCCAAAAGAAGGUGUUAUUAGAAGAAUUUUAUGGUGAUUGCGAUGUUAUACACGAAAUGCUUCCCUACAUGGAGGCCCGUGCAACUGGUACUGCAGUUGGAGAUCCGGUAGAAAUAGACGCUAUCGAUCAAGCAUUAUGCUUAAAAAGGUCCUUUAUUAACGGGCUCAGUGAAAUCAAAUCUUAG